CCCCCCAUAGCCUCUUCCCCCCUCGUCGUCGUCGUCGUUGCUGUCCCCUGAGCCAUCAUCCUCAUCCGAUCCUCACGAUUAAAACGUGGCUUGAGCUCAACCACGGGCUGGCUUUGCCACCCCCGGCGCUAGGUUUGGCAUCGUGGGCUAUAGGAUGUCGAUCCUUCUGAAUCCGUUCCAGCUCCUUGAGCUCAAUAUCAUCUCCGCCCAGGACCUCGCUCCCGUCACGCGCUCCAUGCGCACGUACGCGGUUGCGUGGGUCCACCCGGACCGCAAGCUCUCCACCAGGGUCGACGCCAGUGGCCACACCAACCCUUCGUGGAACGACAAGUUUGUGUUCCGUGUCGACGAUGAGUUCCUCGAGUCUGACACGUCAGCCAUCAUGAUCGAGAUCUAUGCUGUCCAUUGGUUCAAGGACGUGCAGGUCGGCACCGUUCGAGUCCUGAUCGAUAAUGUGGUCCCCAUCCUGCCAACCGGCCGGCCCUUCUGGCACCAGCGCUAUGUCGGGAUGGAAUUUGUGGCAUUACAAGUACGCCGACCCUCCGGACGGCCGCAGGGGAUGUUGAACAUUGGUGUUGCGGUUCUCGAUAGCUCCAUGAGGAGCAUGCCUCUUUACUCGCAGCUUAGUUCCUCCGCGAUAGGUUUCAAGGACUUGUUGGAUAAACCGGACCCCCAACAUCAUAGGACUAACCAAAACCCUACUUCUAAACAACAACAGAAAAAAAAGAAACAGGAGGCAACCCGAAAGGCCGAACUUCGACGCACGAAGAGUGAUUCGAGUUCCAUGGUCAGUUCCAACAACUCAAAGACAAUGAAAAGAAAGGUUUCCUUUCACGACAAGGUAAGCUCCGUUGUGAACGGAUCAGAGGUUGGCUUGCGGAGCGAGGUAAAGAAGAAUGGCACGAGCUCGAAGGCCUGUUCCACAGUAAGCAGUCUGAAGCCUGGAUCCCAAGUUGGGCUCCGAGCAAAGAGAUUGGAUGAUGCAGUAGGAGGAUUAACAUUUCGAAGGAAGGGCAAAGAUGGGCCAAAGCCGAUCACGAAGAAGCAAGGAUCAUCGGUUCGUGAGGCGCCUCGAAGGAAACUACCGAAAGAUGUAUGCAUGACAGAUUCCGAACUGGGACCGUCUCCAUCGGAGGUGGCAGCGGAGAUGGCGGCGAAGGAGAAGAACAAGCCAGAUGACGUGGAGAGCUCGGUCUUAGGUGGGGCUGCGUGGAGCGUGGCGGACAGCGUCGAGGGCUUACAGUCCAAGCUGGAAAGGUGGCGGGCGGAGCUUCCACCCACACAAGACGCCUGCAGUGAGGUCCCGAGCAGCAUUGCACCGAGCGUCAACAAGGAUGGUCGCGGGGGGCGCCGUCACAGACGACGGAGGCGCAACAGCCGCCGCGACGGCGGCGACAGAGAAGGGGAAGGGCUGUUCUCAUGCUUCAGCAACAUAUGCGGAUGCGAAUGCUCAAUCACUUGCGGAAACCCACUGAAGAAACGUUCCGGGAAACGCGGCCGCAGGAGAAGCCGAUCACCGGCCGGGAGCAGCACUUACGUGUAGGAUUAAUUUAUAGCUCGUCCAGGUGCUUUUAUUUAUCAGGUCGGUUGGCUAAUUGUAUAUUGAUGAUCCGAUUGGGUCCGAAUCAGUGGAUUUUGCUGAAGUGUA